GAGGUAUGUCAGAGAAGCAGUGCAAAUGACAAGAUGGAAUCGCUAUCUGUUUAUCAUGGGGCCAUCAGUCGAGAGACAUGUGAGAAGCGUUUAGGAGAGGCAGGCCGUGAUGGCAGCUACUUAAUCCGAGACAGCGAGAGUGUGCCCGGGGCAUACUGCCUCUGUGUUCUGUGCAAUGGCUACGUCUACACUUACCGGGUACAGCAGUACAGUGGCUCCUGGUCAGCUGAGACAGCGCCUGGUCAUCAGAAACGCUUGUUCCGAAAAGUCAAGAACUUGAUUAGUGCCUUCGAGAAACCAGACCAAGGCAUCGCCGUUCCUCUUAUUUACCCAGUCACUGUUCAGAAUCGUAGCAGCAGUUUAGCAACGUCCUAGACACACCCCAAGCCUCCAGUCGUAACGGCAUGCAAACUAACAAACUGAAGUAUGCGUGACAUUUCUUGUGGACUUUCCUCUGGAUAUGGUCGUCAGAAUUGUGACCCUGGCUUCUGUUACACUCUUGCUAUUGUCAGCCUUUAAAAUACAUAUCUACAUAUGCAUAGACUGUAAGUGGUUUAGAUUUGUGUACAAAUGUAGGCCCUGCAGUUAUUGUUUUUACUUUUUAGUUAUGGGUUUAAGGACAACCAAUUCUAAGCUUAGCAACAACUUAAAAAAAGCUGAAGUAAAUGUUGGAGAGAAGUAUUAAAAAAGUAGAAUUCGUUUCACAAAUACACAGUACAGUAAGUAAUACUGAAUGUUAUUCAUUUGUCCUUCCUUUAUGUAUGCAUGUACAAUACAUUGCCUUAUAUAAUUGGCUGAAAAUAACUAUUUAUUUUGAAGAGUUGUCUGCUUGCACUCUGUAUGUUUACUACCUGCUGCUUGUGGUCAUAUUUGCCACAGGUCCUUCCUUUUUCUGUUAUAACUAACUGAAAGGUCAUGUGGAAAAUGUUUAAGAUGCCUGUAAAAUAAACAUGAACUAUAAAUUGAG